AUGCUGGCUGAUCUGCCUGCAAUCAGAAAUGAAGAACAGGAACCGAUGCUGCAGGUUAUCCUACCAAAGAUCUUUCCUAAAGAAGGUUAUCAUGAACCAACUGUUUACAAUUUCCUCUUGGCACCUCAAUACAAGAAAGCUCCCGUGAUAUGGAAUGAAUCAAAGGCUAGGAGGAUGCAUUACUGGCUGACUGGCGUUUUUCACCCUGAAGAUACUGAUCCCCAGAAGCUCCCGGCAAGCACUGGCAUCUGUGAUAUAAUUCAAAAAGGAAACUCUCCCGCCGUUUGGAGUCUUUCGGAACAGGAGGGCGGAGGAGUGAAAAAUCAAAUUGACCCUGAUAUUCAUCGUCAAAUUUCGGACCUUCUACAAUCGGUUAUGGUUGGCUGGAUAUCGGUAGACUGCCGGCAUUCUGAGACAGGCAUAACGCCCCUGAUGCUAUUUGCUGCUGCCGGACAUCUGGAUCUGGUGGAACGUCUGCUCAGUCUCGGCGCCGAUGUUUUCAUUCGAGUGGCACUUCCUCGAGCGGCACUGCCCCCUACCAUUGUCACUAUCGGCACUGUCGACGCUCUGAGUGGCCAAGUGAUUAGCCACAAGAACAGUGAGCCGAUGGUUGGUGCUAAUGCUUAUGACCUGGCCAGGCUCUACGGGCAUGCUGAGAUUGCUAGCUUGUUAAAAGCCCAAAUGCAAGUGUUUACUUAA